AUGAUUGAAGAAUUUCAUAUUCUAUCAAAUACCGCUAAUAAAAAUGUUUUUUAUGUGAUUAUUUUAACAACAAAUCAUUGGAUUCAAAUCUAUCCAAGUCACUUAUUUGAUCAAAAAGCAAUUUUUGAAUUAAAUCUUCAAACAUCAUCACGAAUUAAUACAACACCCGAUGGAAUUAUUUUUAUUUUAACAAAAAAUUCUUUCAUUUAUUCAAUUGGUCAAAGAAUUCUUCGAAAUACUUCAAUUGAAUUUUAUCAAAUAAAUAAAACUCAAUUACAAAUUCAAACUUCAAUGAUGUUUAGUUCAAUUUGUACAAUAAAUUAA